UAUAGAAAGCAAUGUUCAGAUGGCCAUUGACGAGGAGUGACUAGUCCAUGGUGUCCUGGGCUCCAAGCCGAUAUAUGCAACCUCCUUCGUCAGCGAUCCAAGGGAAUCCGCACUUCAGAUCGCCUUUCUCUGCGAUAUGGCCACGCAAAACGACGUAAGACCCAGUCUCAAGGUGCUACCGGAAAUCCUCACCGCUGCGUACGACGAAACCUCCCAGCGCAUUCUCACGCAGAAAGGCAGCGCUUCGCGGUUUGCACUAAAUGCGUCCCGGGGGAUUCAGUCUUCCCACGAGCUGAUUUAAUGCAAAACCUUGCUCGAUGCGAUCAUGGCGGAGGUCGACUGCCGGGGUGGCUUUUCGCACGAUCUGUCGGUUAAUGCGAACGACCUGUUAAAGGCUUGUCAGAAUCUGCUAGUCCUGGACAAAGAUCUUGACGUUUUCCGGUUUGCGUAUCUUUCCGUCGACGAAUACGUGGAGACACGGCUGCGCAAGAUCGACUCCCAUACCCAGAUCGCGAGAGCCUGCCCCUCGCUCCUCUGCAGUUCGGACUCUUGGAUUGAUUACGACAGAACUAGCCUUACAAGUGAAGGGCAGUAUCUCGGUCGCCACUUUUUGAUAUACUCGGCGGUCUUUUGGCUGUGGCAUUUCGGCCAUUGCGAAGAUGAAAUGUUGACUCCUCUUUGGGAUUCAUUCAUGUCAGAGGCAAACUACCAACGAUGGCGUGAAUAUCAUGGCAGGAGAGUUAUGUGGCGACCCGCCAGAAGCAUGUUUUGGAAAAGGACCAUAGAAAUACACCGUGUAAGAAACAACGUACUUGCCUCGGUUUGAAUAUUCGGGCUCAAGCGGAGGUUUACCAGUGUAUUCAAAUCCAAACCAUUGGAGAUGCCACGAAUCAACCAGUUACUUCACCACGCGUGCAGAUUA